AUGAACAACAAGAACACUGGUACAAUUAGCAGUAAAAAAUUGAAACAGUUCAGUACCAGAUCGAGAAGCAAGAGUUCCGCCAGUUUUAAAGGCUUGAACAAGCUAAGAAGAGUACUGAGCCAUGAUGGAAGCUACAGCACCGAUAGCGACUCUCGGGAGAAACUGCCGAUGAAAAAAUCAAAAAGUAGUGACUCGCUACAUCGAAGGCGAGCUAUCAGUGCCCUUAAUAUGACAACACUUGAAAAAGUUGCGUCCCAUCCAGGAAAUCUAUAUCAGGAUAAUUCAAGCAAUUCCUCUGCAUUACUAGGUGGUAUCAAACCGGUACGCAGUGGCAGCAGGAAAUUGGUCUUGGAAUUACGAGAUGGUGAUGAAUUGUAUCAAGAUCACUCCACAACAGACGACGAAGUUGAAUAUUUCACCGACGAUGACAAAGAUGCAACAACAAGAGAGAAAAAUGGAUUUUUGAACGAACAGGAACCUGUAGCCUCUCGGGGGCUCCAUCAGAAACCGAAACUUGAAUCUCACGAAGGGAAACCACAAGAUUUGAGCCAAACAUCUAAUAGCCAAGAAGCCUCAUCUCAAAACCUUCUGGAAGAGGGUAAAACGCUCAUGGAAGAGGACAGAGGGGAUACGCCACAACUUUGUCAUGAGGAUAGUAUACUUGGUCAGGAUAGGAGAACUGACAGCAAUAAGACUCUGAGGGCCCAGCCCAGCUACGGUGUCCCCUCAAAUAUUCGCAAUUCUGCUGGAGAUCACAUCAGCGUUGACCACAUUCCUAUUAAUGCUGACGUAGAAUAUGGCCAAGUGAAUGGUAGCUCUAAUCUAGUGAAUGGUGGCAAUAGGCCCUCGGGUGAUCGAAUUGACCAAACAAGUAACGAUGACGAUAUUAUCCUCGCUCACAACAACAUCGAGCCUAUAGCGAAUAGUUUGAGAAGACAAGGCCCUGGCGCUACACGAUCCGAUCCUGCGUAUGGAGAUAAUGAUGAAAAGUAUUCUGAGUCCAUUCCUCGCGAACAAGGAGGUAAAGAGCUAUCUCGGUUCAGCCCCGUGAUGAUUUUGUCACAGUCGACAGGAGUUGAAAAACGAUUUGACGGCUCGUCCGAUUUUGUAGAAGCUUCAGAAGCUUCGGCCCAAGGACUCUUUAAUGAUGAUAACGACCGUAUUCCCACAUUUGAUCAUUCCAAGGACAAAUUCAAUUAUAUUAAUAACGAUUUUGCAUCUUCCUUCAAUUCGAAUACUAAUACACAACGUCCUAGCAGCAGUUCAGUGAAGCCUAACUUUUCUACUUCAAUAUCAAGCUUAUCAAGUCACCUUGCUAGACCUAGCCAAGCGGCUGAAAAAAAUCCUAAUACCUUUUUACAUCAACGUGCUCCUUUGAGCACUCCAGGCUUGAAGUCAACUGGGAGACCAGCGCUGGACUCAAAAAUAUCACACAAUAGACAGCCAGACUCGUUGUCUAACUUUAACAACUUUUCCAAAUUUCUACAAGCAGAAAGCAGCGGAACGGAGUCCAGAACGCAGCAGAAGCUUUGGUUGCAGCGUGAAAGUUCAAUAUUGGACUUAUCGUCGCAUAGUUCGAGUUCUGAUUCCAUGUUUUUGGCCUCUAACAUCGAGGUGAAAAGAGAAUUUGAAAGAAUAUCGAGAGAGUUCACGAAUGUCCGUCGGUUCAGCAAUCCAGUUACAGCUUCGUUGCUUAGAGUAGUUCCAAAAAAUAAACUUGAUGUAAAAAAGCAUCGAGCAACCAUUCCACAAAGUGAUGAGCUUUCAAAAGUGUUCAGAGGAGAUAACUCUAGGACUAGGAAGACGUUCCAGGAAUUUUGUCAGCAAAACUUGAAUCACAGCGUAGACAUUAACUGGGUUUUGACCAAAAUUUGGAAUGAAGACAGUGCCGAAUUUAGCAAGGGCCCCGACUCUCCUUCUGACAACGAUUCUGAGAACAGCUCUUUGUCGUAUGGAUCGCGCAGAUCUCAAACUCGUAGCAAUUUGAGGUCACAAUAUGGAGGUCAAAGUAAUGGCUUCAGUCAUCAGCGAACUGUAGGAUCUGUACAACCCACUACCAGAGCAGUUCAUAGGCGCAUGGAAAGUGCCCUGAGUCAACAACACCGAAUGUGA